UGCGGUGGUGGGGGCUGCAGUGGGGGCUCCGUGCCCUGCCCUGCUGCCUGGGGAAACUGAGGCAGCCACAGCUGUGGGCUGUGUCCCUUCCCCUGUGCUGUCUCCUGUGAGUGGCCUGUGCCAGGGCUAUGUCCCAUGUGCUGUGUUACAGCUGUGCCAUGUUUGUGUCCCUGUGUGUGGCUGAUGUCCCUGUGUGCCACUGCCACAUCCCGAGGCUGUCUUGGGGCCAUGUGUGUGUGCCGUGGCCGCAUGCGACAUCCGUGUCCCUGGGCUGUGCCCAUGUGCCGUGGCUAUGUGUCACAUCCGUGUCCGUGUGCUGCAUGUCACGUCUGUGCCUGUGUGACAUGGUCAUAUGCCGUGGCUGUGUGUCACAUCCAUGUCCCUGUGCCAUCGCCAUGUGCCACCUGCCAUGGCUGUAUGCUGCUGUGUCCUGUGGCCACAUGCCAUGCCCAUGUGCCAUGCCUGUAUGCCAUGGCUGCAUGUCACCAGUUGUGCCUGUCUGGCAUUGCCACAUGCUACAUCCGUGUCCUGUGGCUGUGUUCUGUGUCCCUGUGCUGUGUCCGUGUGUCCCACCCAUGUCCCCUGUGCCCCAUGCCUGUACCCCAGCCCCUCGGGGUACUGGGCUGGGGGCCUCUGCCAAGGCAUGGUGACAAGGGGCUGGCACAUGUCCCCUGGGGUGGUGGCGGGGGGGGGGGCUGCGGGAUCCUGCUGUGCCCGUGGGUCGGUCACAGCUGAGGGAGGAGCCAGCAGCCCCCCCCGGAGCUAUAAAACCCCGGGCAGGUGGAGGAGCUGCUGUGUCCCCGGCACUGUCACCCCACUGCCAGGCCCUGCUUGUCACCUCCUGCCUGCUACAUCAUGGUGACGUCCCCGAGGCCGUGGCGCAUGCUGGUGGCUGUGGCCCUCUGUGCCCUGCUGUGCCUGGGCACGCUGGUGGCUGCCUACCCCCCCAAGCCCGAGAGCCCUGGGGACGAUGCCUCCCCUGAGGAGAUGGCCAAGUACUUCUCGGCCCUUCGCCACUACAUCAACCUGGUGACACGGCAGAGGUACGGCAAACGCGCCAGCCCCGAGGCCGUGGUGUCGGAGCUGCUCCUUGGGGCCAGCAGUGACAAGUCAUGGUACAACGAUGACUCUGCGUGGUGACCGGCAACUCCCAGUCCCCCCUGUCCCCCAGAUCCUCCCUGUCUCUCCGUGUCUCCCUAAGGGACCCGGGGCUCCGCCACAGGGUGGGCCCCAGCACCCAGGGCCAGCACAGACCCCCCCGGCCAGGAGGGCCAGGGACCCCCAGAACCUGGUCCAGGGGUGUCCCACUGGGGGGGGCCCUGACCCCGUCCCCUCCCCACCGCUGUCGGGGGGUCCCAUGUGGUCCCUGCACGCCCCAGCCAGCGGCAAUAAAGAGCACGAUC